GCCCCGCCCCGUAAGAGGCUCCGGGGCCGCGGGGCGGCGGCCAGAGCGCAGCGCGGGGCCCCGGCGGCGAUGGCAGCUCAGCGUCUGGGCAAGCGCGUGCUGAGCAAGCUGCAGUCCCCGUCGCGGGCCCGCGGGCCCGGGGGCAGCCCCGGGGGGCUGCAGAAGCGACACGCGCGUGUCACCGUCAAGUACGACCGGCGCGAGCUGCAGCGACGGCUGGACGUGGAGAAGUGGAUCGACGGGUGCUUGGAGGAGCUGUACCGCGGCAGGGAGGCCGACAUGCCGGAUGAGGUCAACAUCGAUGACUUGUUGGAAUUGGAGAGUGACGAGGAGAGGAGACAGAAAAUCCAGGGCCUCCUGACAUCCUGCACCAGCCCCACAGAGGACUUCAUCCGGGAGCUGUUGGUGAAGCUUCGAGACCUGCACAAGCAGCCCGGCCUCCCGCGGCGCAGCCCCUCGGCCGAGGGCAGCCCGCGCCCCGCCCCCGGCGCCGGCCCCGGCCCCGACCCGCACGCGCCUCUGUGACCCCGCCCGGCCCGUUGUAAAGUCCUAUUUAAUGGAUCCGUAACAAUGACACCACGCGCUGUGGCUGUUUUUCCUCUUCGUUCCUGUGGGCUGCCGGCCCCCACCCCCACUCCGGCCCCCACAGCUGGCGGGACAGAUGGACGCCACGCCCCCUGCCCUCCCUCGGCCAGGCCCUGUGACCUCCAGCCCUGGACUCACAUCCUGCCGGGCCGCUACCAGCCGGGCAGGGGCUGGCAGACCCCGCCCCGCCCAUGGAGGAGGUCACCCUGAUGGAGAGCGGCCCUGAAGGGGACUUAAAGCACAUGUGCCGGAUGGGCCUAGAGGCCUCGGAGCCCAGGGAAGGGAAGGCGUCAUCUCUCUCCUAGGUGCUGAAAGAAUCCAGGAGAGGGGCUGGAGCCAUAGCACGGUGGGUAGGGCGUUUGCCUUGCACGCAGCCGACACGGGUUCGAUUCCCAGCAUCCCAUAUGGUCCCCUGAGCAUGGCCAGGGGUAAUUCCUGAGUGCAGAGCCAGGAGUAAUCCCCCUGAGCAUCGCUGGGUGUGACCCAAGAAGC